AUGUCAAGCUCCAAGAUGAAAAGCCUCUUGAAAGGCCUCCGAUACAUUUCUCAAGUAUUUGAAAGUGGAAAAGAAGAAGAGAUAGAGAUAGGGAAUCCAACGGACGUAAAGCAUGUUGCCCAUAUUGGUUGGGACGGACCAUCCGCUACUCCUGCCUCUGCACCAAGCUGGAUGAACGAGUUUAAAAAUGGUGGAGGAUUCGAAUCUGGACAUGGAGGCGGAGAAGAUGAUUCCUCCGUGAGAUGUAUGUCGGAAAGUGGCGGUCGGACUAGAGAUUUACCAAAACUACCAAAAUCUACGAGGAAAGCGGCUUCCGAGAAAGGUUCUCCGACAAGGGAAAUAUCAUCAGAAAAAAGUAAACGCAGGUCUUCGAAAAAAGGAACAACAUCAAGAAGACCAAAGGAAGUGUCUGAAAUAAACGAGCGUUCUUCGUUACAUGAAGCUCCGAAGAAAUCGAGGAGGAAGAAGAAAACAAAAGAAUCUGGCGGAUCAACUAGAUCGAUAAGAUCAGACGUGGAUAACAUGUCGGAUUAUAUGUCUGAGACUGGUUCUGUGAGAUCUAUGCCUCAGUUUGACAACAGAGAUGAUUUCUAA